AUGCCGCUCACUCAGAGGCAGCCAUCUCCUCUACCUCGUCCACUCACAGGCGAAUCCUCCUCCACUCAAAUCGACACCUUAAGAACGUCCUCACCAGCCUAUCUUUCCCCUUCAACACCUACCACCCCGACUCAUAGCAAACACCGAACGCCUGUACCCUACGUCAAAUUAUUGCCAUUGCUUGUACAGAGAUGUGCGGAAGGUCUGACAUAUGCAAUCGUAUUUCCCUAUAUCAAUCAGAUGAUAUUGGAUAUGGGCGUCGAAGAGAAAUCCGUUGGUGUGUGGUCUGCCAUAGCUGAAUCAGCUAUGAUGGGCACCGAAGCUAUUUCCGCACCUUUCUACGGUCCAUUAGCAGACAAGUACGGGAGAAGACCGGUUUUGAUUUCGCUCAUGUCCUUAUGGGGGGUAUUUGGAGUGGCAUUUGGGUUCUGUAAAUCUGUAUGGAGUACUAUCAUCCUCAGAGGAGCUUUGGGCCUGCUGGCUGGAUGUGGGGUGAUAUCGCGGACGAUGGUCGGAGAGCUCUGUGAUAAGUCAAAUAGGAUACAAGGUUUUGCGGUCUUCUCACCUGCUAUAACAGUAGGAAUGACCCUAGCUCCUGUAUUAGGUGGAUUUUUAGCGAACCCUUCUGGACGUAUCCUACCUACUUCCUGGCGGUCGUUCGCAGAUUACCCUUACCUUUUACCAUCGCUCAUCACCGGUCUAGCAGCAAUCGCAUCGGGUGUACUGGCCAUUAUCCUCCUUCCAGAGACUUUACAGCGGUCGAAGACAGCCUCAAUAUCCCAUCGUGAUUUAGAGAAGAGCUCGAAUGAUGGGUUGAAAGGGUUAUUAAGAUAUGAGCCAUUUCAGAACGUAUUGCUGUUGUAUGGGAUGAACAACGCGGUGAUGUUCAGUUGGGAAGCCAUUUAUCCACUAUUUGGAUUUACCAGCAAGAAUCUCGGUGGGUUGGGAUUAUCGACACAAGCCCUCGGUUUGGUCCUUGGUUUCUCAGCGGGUCUAUCGAUAUUCAUGACCAUCUUUGUAUUUCCACUACUACACGGAUCGUUAUCUGAAUCAACAUGUCUGAGACUCUGUUUAAUAUCUUACCCUGCGGCUAUCAUCUUCUUCCCUAUAUUAUGGGCUAUGAGUUAUCCCUAUUCAGGCGACGACUUACCGAUAUCAGUCUGGAUCGUAAUGUCAAUUCAGAUGAUCAUCAGGAGGAUAGGAGAUUUUGCAACUACUCAACUUGAUACGUUGGUAUUGGAUUCGAUACCUGGUCCAGAACAUCUCGCUUCUGCCAAUGCUAUAACCUUCAGUAUAGCGGCCAUUGGUAGAGCAUCAGGACCAUUCGUGAUAUCUUAUUUCUUCUCGUUAUCUACUCGGUUCGCCUCGCCAUUCUCACCUGGUCGACAUCUCGUUUGGAUUAUCUUCGUACUCAUCUGCAUACCGUCUUUGUACUUUGCUAACAGACUUUUGAACGAGAGCAAUACCGACAAUCCAACGAAAGUGGAGGGAAGGGAAGAAGAAAGGUAUGAGUUGAUAUCGCAUAAUCACCAUGAGCAACAGGUCAGAGGAAGUAGCAGUAUAGAAGUGCAGGGUGAGGAUGCAGUAAGAUAUAGAGUGGUGUAA